CGGACUUGGCGCGCGCGGAGCCGCGCGGCUCCAGAGGGAGAGAGCGCGAGAGAAAUUGGGAGGGGCGAGAGAGGUACGGCGCCGCUGCCGCUGCAAUUCCUGCCAGUUCCGAUCGACGAUGCUCCCCGUAUAAGUGUCCUUCCCACGCUCGUCCCAGCUUCAUGCGGCUACGUUGCGCGUGAACGACAAUCGGCGAUUGUCGGUUUCCUUGUUCUCUCGCAUUUUUCGGAGCACUCCUCGCGCGGAGCUAUAAGCGGCGAGUUGCCAAUUCGGUCCGUUCAUUUCUCUCCUUUCCAUCCACCCGGCACCAUCCACCUCGGUGGUCUGUCAUCUUUUCGGAGCUCUCGGCACGCGGCCGUUCUCUCUCUCUCUCUCUCUCACACACACCUCUCGUCAGUGACAGCCAGGUGCGCGUGCACUCGCAGAGACUACGCCGACAUAGACACGAUGAACUACGGGGACAUGCCGAACGUGGAUCCUGCCAGGAGUCUGCGGAGAAUCGCCCGGCACGACGAGCCGGAAUUCAGCAAUGCCAGCAUCUUGAACAGCAUGGAGAAGUUCGUGCGCACCGUGAGCGAGAUGGAGGACACUAUCCUGGUGCCUAGCCGCUUGCUGGAUCUGUCUGUGGGUGACGCGGGCGACACAAUCUGCAUGAAGGGUAAACGUGGAUGCACGGUGAAGGACACUCUGGCCAACACUGACCUGUACCGUCUCUACAACAUCAUCAAUCAAAUGAAGAUCGAGUUACUGUGGUCGCAGGAGCCUACGCGAGGCACUAUGGCGGACGAUCAGACGCCGAUUAAGAGUCAUCCGAUUGGUAGCCCGUCUGCUGAACUGACGCACCAUCAGGCUAUAACCAGUGGCAGACUUGGCCACGUGCGUUGUCCCAGCACCACGUCUAUGCAGAGCGUACAAAGCGCGUCUUCGAUCGCUUGGACCUCCGAUUCAGACUCUGAGAACGGCAUUGAGAUUGAUAGCGGUCUAGAAGGUGAAGAAUGCGUAGUCGAUCUGGCAAGCAUCGCCGCCGAAAACUUUAAGCGUCAUCUGCGCGGUCUUCACAGCAGUAUCGCCCGUAUGACAGAGGCAGCUGAAUAUCUGACGUUGCGGUAUCAAGCUGAUGUAGGCGGGCAGGUCUGAUUCUCCGCCGGUAUCAUCAUUAUCAUCAUCAUUGUUAUCGUCAUCGUCGCCGCCCGUGUGUUAUUGAUUGUCAUCACGUUAGUUGGCAUUGCGAACAAAUACCACGUCGUCUGCACUUUGUAAUUGAUCUCAUGGACAUUUUCGCGAUUUUUGAUUUCCUGAGAUUGAGAACAGAAUUUCAGGAAACGCCGAUGAUGAAUCGCAAAAGAUUUUCUAGCAUUAAACUGAUCCGUAUCAAUUUGUUAUUUUAUCGUAUAACUUACUGCGUUAAAAUACGCUGUCCACGCGAUCAGUUAUAUGAGUGAUAAAGAUACGUUUCGAUAAUGUAUUUAGGAUGCGCAAUACGAGACAAUAAAUUGUCAUCGGAUAUAUAGAACUUCGCAUAAAUAAAUUAUCAGUUUCCAAAUAGAGAAUUGAAUACUACGAGAUAAGAUAUUUCGAGGUACUCGCAUCAUUUUUGGCAUAGCAUUAUGGUAUAAUAUUAGUAAGGAAAUGAAAAAACGACUAGUCCAGGCUUUGGUUUUUUUUCAUUGUCAUUUGUGCGGAUUCGAGUUUUGAUGGUGGAUGUUGCCUGCCAAAUGAAUAGAAGCCUUCGAGAUGACAUGCUAUCGCAAAAUGUUACGAAUUCCAUGAAUAGCAAGAAGAACGGAUAACUCCAUCCUUGAGAGAAUUGGAAAUCGAUACGAAUAAAUGUUUACUUUCAACUACUUAAACACAAAUUCUUAAAUUUUUCGAUCAUUUUAUCAGACGAAAUGUCAUCGAAAAACUCGUAAUUCGAGGAAAAGUAAUGAAAAGCGAUGGAAAAGACGUUUCCCGAUUCGAUAUAUCGAUCAAAUAAAAAUCUUAACAAAUAUGUAGCUGAAGGAUAUAAUGCACUUAGCAUGACUUAGCGGAGGUUUGUGAGGCGUGGCAGUUCGUCGCGCACAGGACUGUAUGAAAAAUUACGACGUUCGAAAAAAAACAGCAUCGUUCGAAAAAAUCAAGGAUGGAUGUGAUUAUACAUCAUUAUUAAUGUAAACAAUUUUUUUAUCAUUAUAUUGGAGCAUAUUGUGUUUUUAGUAAUAGGUUUAGAUAUUUAUAUACUUGUGUGCAUAUAUUACGCAAGA